GAAUGAAUUCUGUCUAAUUCAGCAGGAAAACCAGAAUUUGUCCAAAUUAAAAUGAAUUUAAAUAAUUCUAUUCGGUUUAAUUCUGAUUAAUUCGAAAAUAAUUCUCAAAUUUCUGGUUCUGAAUCCGAAUUAAAACGAAUUUGAAAUUUUUAAAUCGGUUUUAUUCUGUUUAAUUCAAAUUCAAAUUUUCAAUUCAGUUCAAUUUUGUUUUUCAGAAUUCGACAGAAUAUCACAGAAUUAAAAUUUUUAAUUCGGUCAAAUUCAGUUGUUCAAUCAGGGAAUACUUUUAUUUAAUGACUCGUAAUUUAUUUAAAAAUUAAACAAAUUUUCAUAUUUUCAAACAUCUGUUACUUCCAGUACUAUCAGAUAUCAAGCAGUCCUUGCAAUAUGGAGUAUUAUUAUCAUUUACUAAUGUUAAAAUUUUCCAAAAUAAUGUUUCCUAUUCGCUGCCAGGAAUACUGCAGAAAAAUGAUACUAAAGUUAGCCGACUUCCAAUAACUUUAGAAUUGUUUUUAAAAACAAUAAAUUAUGAAAAAAAAAUAUUUAAAAAUUGCACCUAUAGAUUUUUUAAUUUUCUACAUGUGCACAUUUUUUUUUGUAAUUGAUUUUUUUAAAAAACAAUCCGAAAAUUUUUUAUUGACUAUCAGUUUCAGGGUCAUUGCGGAGAUUAUUUUAUUAUGUAUGAUUUCUAACCUUAAAAAACAUAUAUUAAUAUUCAAAAUAGAAAAUUUCAAUUUACGAUAAAUAUAAGUAUAUAUAAUUUAUAAUGUUUACGUUAAAAAAUACUUCAAGCUCAACGCUUUUGUGUGGACCGCCGACUCAUGCCAGAUCAUUUUUAUUUGAAGCUGCCAUGCACUGGGCCGAAAAUGGUAAUCAAGUUUUUUACAUCACAGCAAGUCCAUUGAAAUCUUUUCCAGCUCAGUAUCAUGACCGUGAAGAUGUACCUCCAGCAGUAUAUAAUAUGAUUAAAUUUAUAUAUCUUGAAAACUAUGAAGCAUUGGCAGAACAACUAGUAGAGUUGCAUAGUUUUACGAAACUUCCAUCGUUAAUUUUGCUAGAUCAUCUCGAUACUUACAUCAGAGAUGUGGUAAAUAGUGAACUCAAAGACAUGCAUAUCGCCAAGUUAUGCGCUAUUUUACAUGAUUCUGUAAAUGCUUGUGCUAGAAUUAAAAGAUCUAAAGUAUAUUUAUGUGCCUCAGUAAGCGGUAGCAGUAUACAAAAUACUCCUUAUUCUCUGUACUUUGAUAAUAUUUGGUAUCUAAAUGCUGAUAAAAACGCUGAUGAAAUAGUAAUCAAGUUAACCGAAGCUUCAAUUAAUCCCGAAGCUGAAGUGAAAGAACCAAAAAAUUUUGAGUACAGAAAAUUUCGAGAUAAAAUACUUAUUCUUAACAAAGUAUUUAAUUUAAGUUAAAUUUAAAUUAAUUGUUUAUAGUAAUUUUUAUUAAUAAAUUUAAAAACUAUAAAUUAAUAAAAUUUGUUUUAUUUUUUAAAUUGAAUGUGAGUUAGUAGAAAAUAUUAUUAGUCAUAGAAUAAAUAUUUCUUAAAGUAUCAGUACUUUUAUUAUAAGACGUCAUCUAAAAAUUACAUUUUAUUGUGCAAUCGCAAUUGAUGUAAAAAAAUUACUCUAAUCGUGAUAAUGUUUCCUGAUGAAUUUUAAUUUAAAAAAUAUUUGAAUUUUUUGGUAAUUAAAAACUUGUUUUGAAUUUCAAAAAAUCAAAUGUUGAGUCGUGAGAUAAAAAAAAAUAUUUUAGACAAAGACGAGGUUGACUGGUAUUACAGGAAGUUAAAUAUUGUGUUUUAUCCCGUACUACACAAUAUAUUGUUUGUAAUUUUUUACAUUGAAGCUUAAAGUUUAAAUUUCACCGAGUCAAUAAAUAAUUUAGCGGGCAGAAACUAGUAGUUUUUUGCUCUAGAAGACCAAUUGGUGAUUUUCAACUCGGAGGUCCAGUUUUCUAAUCCGAAAUUUGUAUACAACAAAAGAAAUCUAUAUAUUUUAUAUACUAAUAGCAAUAAUUAAUAUAGGAUUAAAAAACUGACUUUUAUGAGUCCGAACUUGACUUAUUAUAAUAUAAAUAAAAAACUUAUUUUUAAAAUAAGUCUUGAAUAUCAGUAGCUCCAAAUUAUUGAAGUUUAAUGAUUAUAUUAAAUGUAAAUAAUAAUAAAAGGAAUUUAUAAAUAAAUAAAUGAAAA